AUGUCUCGAAGUCGCAAGCAUGUCACGUUAGGGCUCGAUGAAGAGGUGCAGCCGCCUGGGCCAGGGCAGUCCAUAGUGAGAGCGCUUGGAUCACGAGGCAGCAACCUCAUAGCGGUGGAGUUCCCGGAUGGGCGCCAGACGUUGGUGCUCAUGCCCGCAAAGUUUAACAAGAAGCUAUGGGUAAAGCGGGGUGGAUAUCUGCUCGUGGAGGAUAGCCCUGCGGCGGGUGGGGACAGCAAAGUGACGGGCACUAUACUGUCCGUGCUCUACGACGAUCAAAUUAAGCAGCUGGCCAAGAUGCCCGGCAUUUGGCCCAAGGAGUUCGCGUCGAAAGAGGACAAAGGCUCGCUCGACGACCGUCAUGCCAGCUACCUGACGGGUUCUAAAUUUCCGUGGGAGGGAUGCAAAAUGGGCGCAUCAAUCAACCGGUGGACGGUUACCCUUACCUCGUACGUGGAGGAUCCCACGCGCUUCAGCCGCGCGUGCUUUCGCUUCGGCUACAAACCUGUCAGCCAGUGCACCCCCAACGGACUGCGGUGCUGCGGGGAGAACCACAUCAACAAGUUUAAAAUGUACAUUGACCCCUUGUGCCAGCGGAGCGACAUCUUCAACAUCACCGUGAAUAACAUGGUGACGACGGCGGCCUUCAAGGAGUAUCUACAUGGCGACCUUGACAAGCCCACGUUCAAAAUUACCAACAUGUACAUUCCCUUUGACAAGAUCAACACGACGACUCUGUGUUUCAGCAUGAAGGGCAACUGCCCCACCUUGUCUUCGCUGGCGAAUCCGGACACUCGGGACCAGGGGGUGCUGGAGGUGGGCGUGUACGACAAGAAGGUGGACAAUUACGAAUGCUGCACGACAGGCUCAUUUAUGGCGCAAGACGCAAUUCCUAGCCCCAUGUUUGUAUUUCCGGUUACGGGCCGUACGGAUGUUCCGCCGCCACCACCGGCUCGUGCGGGUCCGCCGCCACCGGAGAUGCCGACGCUGCCGCCGGACGCUCCGGAACCUGUGGAGUUUCCGUCACCGCCGUCACCGCCGCCACCUGUCCCGUCGUCGCUACGGCCGCCGCCUCCUGUCGUACGGUCCCCACCCCCCGCAGCUCUUCCCCGCCCACCUCCACGGCCGUCGCCACCGUCGCCACCACCACCACCAAAUUCUCCGCCUCCUCCCGCGCUCGACGAGGUGCUGUCCUUCCUGUACGGCAACUUCCGGUACGACGUACGACCAGAGCGACUAAAUUUCACCAACGCGCAGGCCGCGUGUGCGGCGCGUGGCGGUAAUUUGGCGUCGUUCCCAGGCGGUGAUGCCUGGCUUGCCGUACAAGACGCCUUACGAGUUUCUUCCCUCAUUUCGACGCUUGGAAGCGGGUCGUCCUUGAAGCUUUGGAUCGGGUUGAAAUUGGAUCUCGUGGAUCCGUUGUGGACGGAUGGCCAGCCGGUGUCGUACCUGCCAACGACCGAUGGCGGUACGAUUCUGGUCAACGGCGCGUGUUACAGCAUUUUGUGCACUUUGACUGGUGACGUGGCGGCCGACGGCACCGCCAGCCGCCGGUGCGGCUGGAUGCCGGCACUGCCGCUGGACGCGGGCUGUGGCACCGCUCUGGACGGCUUCCUCUGCAAGACAGCCAUUUGAUCUAUUCACCGGGCCCAAGGCCUGUAAGAUGAGAGUUCAAGACCCCUAGCGAGAUUGGGGGGGAAUGGGGGGUUGGAGCCGCCGGGUCACGGGCACAGCGCGCGGCCCUCCUCCCCUUUCCCCCCCUCCCCUCCCCCCGGGGGGGCCACUGCCGAGAUCAGCCGGGUGCGGGUACCUGCGAGGGGGGGGGGUUGCAGCAGCCAUAGGGCCCAUGUUGGCCGAGGCGAUGUGGAUGCAGUAGCAGCGCACUGCAGCGUUAGCUGGAUUCGAUUCUUCGAUGUCUAGUCGGAAUGAUUUAUUCAUACCUCCUAGAUGAUGUUAUCGCAGCGCAGUGGCGGGUGCAGCAGGGCGGGGAGGGGAGCGAGGUGAUGUCUUGAGCGGGUUUUUGCAGGUGCACCUCAACGAAAUGGGUGAGGUGGUGUGUGUAAGUGACCGUCCUGCGACAAGGAUUUGUUUUACGAUGUGGGGUGGAGAUGUGGGUUUCUAUGACCCGAAAUUGCCGGUGCUAUUUUCGACUGCAGGUUGGGGCGCGCGGGCACUGUAACCGGGGGACGUGGAAAUGAGAAGGGCGGCCCGAGGUGUUUGUCUCGCUGCGAGGCGGUGACAGUAGUCGUUGCUUUUAAGGCGGCCGGUGAACUGUUAUCUAUUAGAUGUGCAUUUUAGAAGGGGCGGGAGCGGGUGUGAUUACGCUGUAAUAGUAGCUAGGCAUUACGGCCUGGCCUGAUGAUUGGGCGGCUACGCUCAUAGGCCUUGGCGCGAUUGGUUUCUGGUGAAACCGAACACAUAUUGAUUCAUUCCGUUGACGUUUGGGAGGUCUGCUGUUUGAUACAUGUUUUUGCGAUUUGACCUAUUAUGAAACUAUUUUUGUUAUGGCUGGCUGCUUUUUGUUGCUUGUGAACAAGAGUGAGCGGCUAAUAGGAGCGGCAUUUCUGGCAUGAGAUUGGGUGGCAACGUAGCGAAGACGCGGGUGUUAGCAGGGACGCCGACGGCGUUUUAGCUUGUUUUUUCCCAUCCCUCCGAUGCCAGAUGAUGAUCCUCUCGGACGGAAAAUACAUUGUGCCCAUGUACCUUAAUUCAACUAGACGAUAGCUUUAUGUGGACACGCAAGGCAUGAUCUAAGUAUAGGAUCUGCCUGCCAAGAUGGUAAGGCAUGUGACUUAUCAAAACAGGACGCACGGCAGUGAUGAGUAACUGUAAGCGCAAAUCUUUUUGG